AUGUCAAUCGUGACUAAAACACUCUCCAGCAAGAUUCUGAAGGUCUGCCAUGUCAACUGCCAGUCUUUGAUGGCUCACUUUGAUGAAUUUAGAACAUAUUUUAUCGACUCAGAUUAUGACAUAAUAUGCUUAUCCAAAACUUGGCUUAAACCUGUAAUCUCUGAUCAACUUGUCUCUUUACCUGGAUACCAUCUCUUCAGACAUGACAGAAUCGACUUGAUGGUGCUCUAUAAUCACUGCAUCAUUUUCGGAGACUUUAAUGCUGAUAUGCACUCGAACACCUUUGACUCGGAUCAGAUUCGCUCCUACAUAGGAGAGUAUAACUUAUAUCUAAUACCGUACGAUUCCACUCAUCAUACUCCAACUUUCUCGACGUUUCUUGAUUUAUGUUUUAUUGAUGAUGCGGACAAACUCGUAUUGUUUAGUCAAUCCGAUAAUAACAACGACAUUGAUUUAAAAAUUGAACUGUCUAAUAAGUAUUUGUUGUCCUGCUUUACCAAGAAUGCGCCAUGGAAAACGAUUCAUCCUAGACACUUGCCUGCUCCUUGGCUAACUGCUGAUAUCAAGACUCAAAUGGUGGAAAGGAACAAGGCUUGUAGGAAGUGGAGAAGGCACAGGUGUGAAGCAAACUAUGCUGCGUACCAGAUUUUAAGAAAUCAAGUGCAGAGUACUGUUCGUAAAGCAAAGGAGGAACACUACCACUCUAUUUUUUUGAAACUCAAGGCUCCUAACACAAUCUGGAAGGAACUUCGUAAACUUGGUCUUGUCGGGGCCAGGACGUCUGAGCUUGUGCUCCCUUGUACUGUCGGCGAGCUCAAUGGAUACUUCUCCAUGCGUGGAUCCACGACCGCUGUUGAGGAUACAACUGAGCCAAUUUUCCUCGGCAAACCUGUCUUUGACAGUUCAAAAUUUUACUUGAGCAACGUGGAUGUUCUUGACGUCAUUAACGCUCUUGCUAAAAAUAAUUCUGACGCCGUUGGUAAAGAUGGUUUGUCCUUGAGAUCGAUCACUUUAGCGCUACCUUGUGUUCUUCCAAUUUUAACACAUAUUUUCAACUUUAGCCUGAGCCAUGGCUCCUUCCCCUCUAUUUGGAAGUCAGCGAUCAUCUGUCUUAUUCCGAAGGUCAAACAUCCUCACAAGUUGCAACAUUUCCGACCAAUCUCAAUUCUAUGUGCCAUUUCUAAAGCACUUGAGAGCAUUGUUGAAAAGCAGAUGGUGGCUUAUCUUGAGGGGACCGACAACUUGAACCAAUUUCAAAAUGUCUACAGAAAGGGCUUCUCCACACAAACGGCUUUGAUCCAGGUUAUGGAUGACAUCCGACUUGCGGCUGAUCGUAGAGAAGACACAAUAUCAGUCUUCUUUGAUUUUUCUAAAGCAAUCGACAAAGUGAAUCACCGUAUACUUAUUAGUAAGCUGCGAAAUAAGAAUUUCUCCUGCUCGAUUCUAAGAUGGCUCUUUUAUCUUGAUUCGCGAACGCAAUCCGUUCGUGAUCCCUCUACUUUCUCGGUUUCUGAAGAAUUACUCGUGACUGUUGGUGUUCCUCAGGGAUCAGUACUUGGACCCCUGUUUGUUCUGUUUGUGUCAGACUUCAGCAACACAUUAAAAUAUUGUAAAUACAGUUACUAUGCCCACGACCUUAUAUACUUGCACUGCCUUCCUUCUUCUCUGAACAACGCCAUUAAGAAUAUUAAUGAAGAUAUUUCUAGUAUAGGAAACUGGGUCUCUACCAACCAACUUUCUCUAAACGCUAAAAAGACCUCUGCGAUGAUUCUAGGUUCUUCUAGAUAUGUAAAUUCUAUUGACUUUGUUAAUUUGUCUAGCUUGAUAGUUGACAACAACUCUGUUCCUUUCAAGGACUCCGUUGAAUACUAG